UAAUGAACCACUAAGUUGAGCUAAAAGUACGAUAAUGAGUACAUCGGGCUGACUUAAUCGGGGCGCCUUUUCCAAAAGAUUUUUCUUUUUACAUCCUCCUACACACAAUAGGAAGACGAAGGAGCCCUUUCUUAACCCCCUUUCCCCCCACUGCAAAGGAGAGAUCAGAGAUGGGGGGGAGGGCGAAGAGAUGAUAGCAAUUUCAGUCUCUGUCAACACAUAAUGGAUCGACCAGCGGGCGCUGGGAAGCCAUUCGGGCCGCUGUUUUCUGACACAUUAACAGAGGCAGAGAUAGGGCCGCUGGGCGGGGCGGGGCCACGGGGAGAAAAGGGGCGGUGCACAAUCACCGCAGUCCCCUUUCCCACACCUCGGCAGGGAAAAAGAGAUUAAACUGCAAUCGCUAUGUGCCCUGCUCUCCUCUUCUUGUGACGACGGAGCUGAUCGCGGAUUAAUGCCGCCCAUGGCCGGCGCCAAGACCGCCGCCGAGUCGAACAAAUCGUUCUGCAUCGAGGCCCUGCUGGCUCGGAGUUCGCCGGUGACCGACUCUUCAUGCGACCGCUGCCCUGUGGCCGCAUCACCGAGGCCACCCGUUGGACUGGCCGGACUGCCACUGGCCGCUUUGCCUGUAUUUUCACCUCAUCCUCUGUAUCAGUAUCAUCAUCCGCAUCAUGGUCAGUUACAUCCACCCUCUGCAGCUUUUCCUGUUAUGACCAGCGCGUUUCACCAGCCACUGGCGGAGCAAGCCGCGGCCGCCGCUGGACUUAAAUCUGGACAUUUUGAGUGGCUGGCACGCACGGGCAUGUUUUAUCCUAGGUCUGGUGAAGCGCCAGGUGAGUACUUAUGUCAAGGUCAACCGAGCGUCUUGGGUAAGACGCGUCGUCCCAGGACGGCGUUCACAAGCCAACAGCUUCUAGAAUUAGAGAACCAAUUUCGAAUGAACAAAUACCUCUCCAGGCCAAAAAGGUUCGAAGUGGCCACCAACCUCAUGCUUACGGAGACACAGGUGAAAAUCUGGUUUCAAAAUAGGCGAAUGAAGUGGAAAAGAAGUAAAAAAGCCCAACAAGAAUCUAAAUCAAGGACUGAUUCAGACUCGACGAACAAGAGUUCGAAUCGAGCGUCAGACGGCGUCGUGGUGAUGGAACACGGAAAAAGGACCACGUCAGACGAAGAGGAAGAGCACGACAUCCCUUCUUCGCCCUACUGCGAUUCUUCUGAUCGAAUUUUGAACUCUGAACACUUACCCGUUGGCAUGUGUCACGCCCAGCUGGACAUUAAUGGGGACUGCAGCGACAACAGUUCACACGGGCCAUGCCCUUCGCCUAAAGACACGAUAUAUAGACCCUACAUUGUUUAGCACGCUUUGUUAUGUGAAAUAAAUCAUCAACGUAGUGCAAUGAUGAGCAAUAUAUUGGACAGUUGUAUAUAUUUAACGCCGAGCGAAAACGUUUAGAAGUUGGAUUGGCUUAUUUAUAAACAGAAGCUGAUUGUUCCUGACUAGGAUAAUUUUAUUUUAUUUAAAUUAAAAGCUAUGUAACGAACUAUAAUGGAGAUUUUUUUUUCAGAGGUAAAACAGGAAAGUAAAUUUUAUUUCGUUUAAAAUGUCUGGUACUUCUGCAUUCCGAUGAAAACUAAUAAAAAAUAUCCAAUAAAAAGAUACUGGCUAACAUAUGCAAGGUGUUCCGUAAAGACUGCUUUUUAUAUAGAUUUUUAGAAUCCUUUUCAAAGAGGUUAACAAAAAAGUAAGCGAGUUAGUGUUCGCAAACUAAUAUUUGAUUACAAAAAAGAAAAAAAAAAAAAAAGAAAAAAAAACCAAAUAAAAUCUGACAAAUCACAGUAUAGGAAGGGGAACGUCAUAAACUGCAAGAUAGAUUUGAUUUUGGGAGGAAAUAGUCACAGAGAGGAGUUGAAAAGCGAUUACUAGAAACACUUCCUUGUUUUAACUUACAAUUUAUUCUGUUUUGAUGUUUAUUCCAUUCGCCUUUGGUUUUAGCAACCUGACGACGAGAUUCGUACAUGCCACCCCCACGUUUAACAAAGACGUUGGCGGGUGAUACCGCUCGUUCAAGGAGACCCCUAGAUAUAAACUUCGUAAAUUGUAAUUUAUUUAAACUUUUUAAAUUAUUUAUGUGUAGCGGUGGGAAAAAUAAUUCUAGAAGAAAUUUACUGAACCAACAAUAAAACAAUAAAAUAUUGCAAACAAAUGGGGAGGAACAGAAUAAAAUGAUAGCAAUUUUGCCACAACUAAAACAUUUUUUCUAACGAAGCAGAGCAAGUUGGCAUCGCUAUUAAUAUAAAAGCUACCCACAUGCAAUCUGUUGAUGUUGCAUUUUCCAUCAUUACAUAGUGUUGUGUUUGCACUAUAUCGGAGGAAAAGAGGUUAAUUCAAUAAUUGGUUGAAAUAUUAUCCACGGUAGCUUAAAGGGAAAUAUAUUAAUUAAGAAAAUGUUAAUGUUGCAGAGUUAUGAAAAUUCAAAUUUUUUGUAUGAAUGA